AAAAAAAUAUUAUUAUCAAUUAUUUUGUCCAUCUCAUAAUUCUGUAAAAAACAAAUAAUAUCACGAAAAUGCUUAAACUUGAAAUGCCACUACUGAAAGAAGUUUUAGAAGAAGUAGGUGGAAACGAACAACUUCUAGAAGAAUUAUUAGAUAAAUUUAGAUUAUGGCUGAAACAGCAACUCCAUCUUCCUCAAGAUAUCUCUGAACAACGACUAAAGUACUACAUAUACAGUGCAAAAUUUGAUUUAGAAAAAGCCAAAAAACGCUUGGAUUUGCAUUAUACUAUUCGUAAUCUGAUGCCGGAAUUUUUCUCCAAUCGUGAUCUAGUAACCAAUAAUGAUUUGAGUCAAACAAGUACAUAUUUACAAUGGAUAACUCUAUCAAAAUUAACACCAGAAAAUCAUAGAAUAAAUGUGUUUCGAUUUAUACACAAUGACAGCUCUAUGUUUGAUAUACAUGCAAGUAUAAAAUAUUGCUCUAUGAUAUUUGAGACACGUAUAGAGGAAGAUAUAGUUAAUUGCGACGUUAUUAUUUAUGAUUGUAGCAAUUUAACUGUCAAUCAUAUUAUAAAAUAUACACCAACUAUAUUAAAAAAAACGGAUCUUAUGUUGGAAUCAUUUGGUACAAGAAUCAAAGCACUUUAUAUGAUAAAUGCACCAAGUUUUAUCAAUUUAUUAGUAUCAAUGAUUAAAACAGUGAUGAAAGCAAAGCUUAUAGACAGAAUACAUGUUUAUACAUCUGGAGCAGAGUCAUUAUACGGGAUUAUACCAAGGCAUCUUUUACCAAUAGAAUAUGGCGGUGAACAAUCAUCAAUAAAUAUUAUUUCAGAUAUGUGGCAAGCAAAAUUGAAAGAACGAAGAAAAUGGUUUCUGGAGCAAGAAAAUGUUAAAGUUAAUGAAUCUCUUCGAUCAAAUUCUGUAAUAAAUCCAGAUGAUCUGUUUGGAGUUUCAGGAACAUUUAGAAAAUUAAACAUUGACUAAUGUAAUAUGUUUUUGUAUAUACAUUAUAUUUACUUUUUAUUUUAUCAAUGGAUAUU